AGAUAGACAGACCGGUAGAGAUAAGGCUCUACCUGCAUUUGAAGACGUCGACAUGUCCGCGCGAGACUCGCAAGAGAGGCUUGCGAUGGGACCUCUUCUAGAAUCCCUGUCAGGAUCUCUGUGGGCAGAUGAAGCAGUUGUACGGGUGUUGCCAUUUGAGAAGUCUGCCCUUGAUGAGUGAAUCGUCAUGACUCAAGUACGGAUCAACAUUCACCGCUGUUGUCACGGCUAGUUUUUGUUUCUUCUUCUCACUCACAUCAUCAGCAUCACACUCCUACAGUCCUCGAAGCUACAGUUCUUUCCCUCUCGCGAGACGGUAUUGAUUCAAAUCCCAUCUUCUUAUCGCAAAGAAUACCCGGUAACACAACCCCACGAAUCCACCUUGAUAGCGAUAAAUACUUCGCCUCGCCUGUCCGCGGUAAAAAUGCUCACGUCAUCCGAACUCGCGCUGACGGAGGUAUACCCUCCUACCACCUACACAGGUAUACGAGCGAUCAAGACAGCCGUCGCAGAGACAAGAAAUAGACUGGUCACCGAAGACAUCAGCCAGUGUCUAUCCUUCAAGCAUGUUUCGCCCAAGGAUUUCAGUUUUAUCGACGCCCACCGGAGGCAACUAGGUGCAGUCCAGUUUACAUACUUUCAAGAUAUUAACACCCUCAUAAUUAAGGUCCCUACCCGCGCGCACGAAAUUGCGCAUAGAAAUUUCGAACGAAUGAUUGCGGCCCAGUUCUCCACUAUGAACAUCGGUAUCGACCAGUUUCUGUCCCUCGGGGCCACCCUCUAUGUGGGGCCGACCGCCUCGAAGAAAGAGGGGGACAGUGCAUUCACGAACUCUGUCGUCCGAUCUCUGGAGAGUGACUGGCCGACCCUGGUAAUAGAAGCUGGGGUAUCUGAAUCUAUGCCGCGUCUGCGGCAGGACGCCCAGUGGUGGAUUUCCAACUCUGAGGGGAAAGUUCAUAUCGUUCUACUUAUCAAGGUGACAAGGAAUGCCAGAAGCAUGGUAUUUGAAAAGUACGUGCCUGAGGUUUGGAUGCUCGAACAACCGCGAAUCUCGGCGCCACCUAGCUAUCGGGCUGUGUUGGUCUCCACCACUGAGGUUCAUCAAGGAGCGAACCCCCCCUACGUUCAGGGUCCCCCAGUUAUACUGGAAUUUCAGCGUAUUCUGUGUAGACCACCUGUGCCCCUUGAAAGGGAUAUUCAACUCGGACCCGCUGAGCUGCUGCUCCUAGCUCGUCUAGUCUUGCCCCAUUGAUUUGACCUACAUAGUACAAGGGUGAGAUGAGCUACCUUAAUCUGUGAUAUCAAAAGGGGUUUCCUUGGUUCUGAUAACUAUCUAAUGUCCUGUUCAUU